AUGGCAGGAACAGGAGUUCCGCCAAUCAACAUCGAGGGCACCGCUGAUUGGUCAUCCUUAAGCAGGAUGAUGAACAGCAAGGGGAUUCAAUUCUCCAAAGCUAGGACGGCGGGUACCAGUGUGAUGGUAUUCACAAAUACACCAGCUGACUACCGUCAGCUAGUCGCACUGCUGGAAUCCAUCAAGCGGCCCUUCUUCACCUAUCAACUGAAGGAGGACAGGAUGGACCAGAGGGUCAUUCGUGGGCUUCCGAGGGAGAUGUCAGUCAACGACAUCAAAGAGGAUCUAGUGAGCCAAGGCAUCGCAGACGCCGAGGUUCAGCAGAUGACCUCAAGGACCACAAAGAAGCCACUCCCGCUCUUCCUCGUCAAGACGAAGAUGCCGGAAAAGCUUGCAGAGAUCCAGAGGCUGGCCAUGCUCACGGUCAGCUUCGAGAGGAAGAAAAAGUCUUCCGAGCCCAGCCAAUGUUACCGCUGCCAGCGGUACGGGCACACACAGCGGAACUGCCGUCUCGCUGAACGGUGCGUUAAGUGUGGAGAGGACCACAACAGCACCAGCUGCAAUUACGUUAAGUUUGGAUUUACCUUCAUUGAAAAAGACGAGUUACAAUUGCCUCAGUGUGUGAUAUGUAUGAUAGUUUUAAGUAAUUAUAGCAUGAGGCCCAAUCGCUUUGAAAGGCAUUUGAAGCAACAACACCCUACUCUGAAACUCAUUGGACUUUGCACAGAUGGUGCACCUGCAAUGACAGGUGUACGAUCGGGUUUAGCUAAAAAGCUCAGAGAAAAAAGUCCCGCAAUGGUUAGUACACAUUGUGUUAUUCAUCGGCAAGCUCUGGCUUCCAAAACGUUGCCACAGGAAGUACGCCAGACUUUGGACUCGGCUAUAAGGAUUGUGAACUCCAUCAAGAGCAGCGCUUUGAACAGUAGAAGCAGGUACGCUAGCUGUCCAAAGCCAACAUGUUGGCUCGCCUAUGAAUUGGAAGGAAAGGUAAUUAUUUUUCUUGAGUUCAAAGAAAAACACGAUUUCUUGACAAUGUUCAAAAAUGACACAUUUCAAUGA